GGCGAAAAGUGACUAGUGAAAUGGACGUCUUCUACCUGUUAGGUAAAGCUUGCUCUAAACGCGACUGUCGGCCAUAGCCGUUAUAGCGUUGCACGACAACAACAACAACAACAACAACAACGACAACAAUGACAGACGAUAACAUGUCACUGCUAUCCAGUAAAUUCGCUUUCAUUUCAUUCUUAUUUUUCCUGAGUAUGUUCAUGUUUGAGCGGAACGCUCAUCGCGUCAUGUCGCCAAUUAUUGUCAGUGAAGGUUGGGCCAGGGAGGGGAUUCCGGUCAAUUUUCUACGAGCAACAACAAUAACAUCACUCGUCGUUACAAUGAAAUGCACGAAAAUAUAUAUUACUUUCACAUACCAUCACGAUUAUUGGGCGUUGUACUGUUACAGCGUUUCAGCGGACCUGGGUUAGUGUGAAGCUUCGAUAGCUCCAUCCGACGACGGGUACCCCGCCGAAAUACAGAAGACAUCGACUACGGCAGUGGCGGUGGUAUGCUGAUGUUUCUGCUAAUCGAACUCCCCAAAAAGCAGAACAUUCCGUGACCUGUAUCUGCUCUGUCGGCUUUUCGAUGGUCGGGACGAGCGCCGGCGUACGUUGACCUCUGCCGUUCGCCGCCGCCGCUGCUGCUGCUGCUGCAAUUAUUGCUGUUACCACAACCAUUUUUUGGCAGCAAAGCGUUUCAAAGCCUGAUGUUGCGCAAUGCCACAGGAUCGCCGGUGGCAGCAGCUGCUGACGAACGAGCCUGGCCGGUACGGCCACCAUGGCGCCAGGAGUUGUCAGUUCCUUCUCCUGCUGCCGCAUCUCGCUGCUUAGCUUGCUGUUUUGUACGUUGUGGCCAGGUUUCGUUCGGUGACUGCGAGUACUGCCGCUGCUGUCGAAGCUGCCCAAGUUGUUGGUGAUACGCACUGCUUUCCAGCAUUACCAUUUGUCCAGCAUUACCGUCUUCUUGCCUAUGCAUGCCCAUUUCUAGCCGGUGGAGCUGUAGUUGCAUCAGGGUUGGCUGCGUUACAUCGCAGCCACACAAUCAACGCCUUGGCGGUAGUGGCGGCUGCAAGGCGCAGCGAGCGACUGGCUCGUCAUAACAGCAUUAUGGCUACGGCUGAUUCCUUCGGUGCUGUCGCUCGUCCAGUAAAAGUGAGAGAAACAGAGAGAGGAAAUGUUUAACGGUCGACGACGAUUUCUUUUCUGUGUUCUCUUUUGUGUAGAGGCCCCCGUUGCGUAACAAGUGACCCAGUUUUUGGCGGCCGACGGGCGCCGUCCUGGCGUACUUACCCUCUUCUGCUGCUGUCGCCCCGUCAUCGGUGUGCGGUCGUUCAUCGCAUUUUCCCGUCACAUUUCUCUUUUUUCUUCGCUUAAAUCUCCCGCUUGAGUUGUAUUCAAAUCGGGUAUAUAUAUUUAUCUGCGCAGGUUAGAUAUUCUUUCCUAUUUUUGCUAGAUAUUGAGAAUGUUCGUAUGUGUCCAUGUCUGCAUUCAGGAUCCGUAGCUGGUUGGUCUACUCCAAAGAACUCGCUUCGUUCGUUUGGCCGUAUUUCACUCAUUAUCACCGCCGCCGAAGUCGAAGUCGACUUCGUCCGAAACGCGACGCUCGUAACGUAACGCUGUUUUUGCUUAUCUUCUUGCCUCGAUGCAUAGCAGCGGCGGCAGAAUACGACUCAUCUUCCCGCAAUAAAUCACAGGUUCGGCUGACGAAUCAUCCAGUUGGGUGGACGUCUGGAAAUGAAGGACAACAAACGAAGAAAAAAGGCACCUGUCGUCUAAUGAAGAAUCGUAUCACAACAAUCGAGCUGCCUAAAUAUGAGCACUUAGUGACUCGAAAAGGGCCAUUGUGUUGAGAACAACACAAGAACUUAUUUCGAAGCCAACCUUCGGGCGUUUCCUUUGAAUUUCAAGUUAGUUGAUUUCGACUUGAUUAAGACGAGCGUACUACCAAGUUUUGCUCACAAUUUUUGGUUCUAGCUCAUUACAGCUUUGCUGUACACAAGCACAUUAUGCAUACGUAUACUCUUAAUCCAAAUCAAGUCUAUUAACUCGAGCUCUGUUAGUCCAGACCGCAAUUGGCGGCGCAAAGCUGUCACUGUUUUGGCCGACGAUGAACCUGGAUUGGAGUCCGAGGUCGUUUAGUUCUCGCCCAAAAUCAUGAUGCAUUGCCGCGCAGAUCUGCCACACGCCUUUCGUAGCGACUAUUACUGCCGUUCCAGUCAUUUGUGCCACCGCUGAGUCCAUACUUCCGUAGCAGCACCAGCAGCAGCAACAGGGCAAGGAAAACACUUUCGUGGACCAUUUUGUGAGAAGAACAUUGUUGGUCCUGUUUUCCUAUGGUUCUCAUACUCGCGUCGUCGCUAGCGGCACCGCUGCAAUCGAUGCCGUUGACGGUGGUGGCGGUGCUAACUCUCGCCAACGCCGGUCCACAGCGUCGAUGCUCACAAAGUCGUUACUGACCCAAACUGUCGAACUACUGCUGGCAUGCUCGCUGAUUCUUGCUUACCUGCACCGACUACCACCAGCGCUCAUCAGCGUUCAGCCACAGCCAGUCGAGAGGAUCUUCUUUACUUCUGCUCGUAUGUCGUCUCUUCUUUGUCGUCGUCGACGCUUCGUUGUCUCUGACCGGCUGGUUCCCUUGCGGGGCGCUACCAUCGCCUCCGCGCGCAUUCGGCCACUGGGCCACGAUCUUCAACCGGCCAUAGCAGCACUAGUAGCUGCAGAACGAGCAGAAUUGCUCCAGCAAACAACCGUUAGUUAGCUUAGUUUGUUACUAGCCUUGACGCGUGACGGUGGCCUGCUUUGCUGGACUGGCAGAGAAUUUUCGGAGGCAGGCGGAAAAACGAACGCUCUGCAAAUUGAUAGAUGCCAUAAGACGACUGAAGCGGAAACAGACAACGGUCACGUGAAGACAGACUCCACGUGAGGCUUUUAACUUACCGAGUCGAAAUCUGCGUUUCAUCAGUUUCGAUCAUUCAACGGUAAUUCAGCAUCGUUAGGUACGCGUUGCGCAAAUCAGUAUUACAGCGUCGUGCGAUAAAGUAUACGAUAAUAAGCCAGCUACCUGCAGCCAGGUUUGUGGUAUUGUGAAGCUCAAUUUGUGCAUGUUCUCCUGCCAAAGUUACUCAAUUGGUUACGCUGUUGCGGAAUAGUGCUACCGUAAUACAGAGACACUAUCUAAGCGGCAUUUACCGCUAAAGUGAAAUAGCGAUCGGUGAUUCACUGCAAGGCCAGAUAAACUAAAGUUAAACAAGUGAUAGCAACGGCUUGUUGAAACUGAUCUCGUGUCCGUUCUUUGCCUUCAUUGCCUGUGGGUGCCAAUUACAUUGAACACAAGCCUAUUGUAGCUGCUCACCAAGACGAAAUCGGUUGUGACCUCGUCGGCCACGUAUCUGACGUGUGAAGUUGGUCGGUGCAACUAGAAAAUAUCGAAGGCAAAAAUCUGUCACAAUGUACGAAUUUCACGGAAGAUGGCUUCCAGCAGAUGCGGUCGUUAGCGGCGUGGAAAACACGCUACCGGUUCGUAGUUCGUACAAGUCGCAGAUGGUUGUAUCGCUGGUCUUAGUUUGGCCAUUGGCUGUAUUUGCGACCGGAAAAACCUCAGCUUCAUCUCAGUUGACGCCCAUUGUUUCAUCACCUGCCGCCACACCUGUUGUUAAGCAAAUGGGGCCUUCAUUGCCGCUUUCGGCGUCUCUACAGACCCCCACUCAAAGUCAACAGUACGCUAUGCCCCUGACAGGCGUAAUCUCAGCACGUUCUGUGCAAAGCCAAUAUCCCGUACAGCAAUCUGUAACUGGUAAAAAUGUCCAGCACAAACGUAGAAUCGCUUCAGUCACCCCGUCAGCCGAGGUGGGCUCAGUUCCCCAACUUAGUGUUGCCGAUAUUUUGGCUUUCCGAAGAGCUGUUCAACAGAGCCAACUUUUGUCUCGAUCGGGAGUCCUUGCACCCUCGGCUAGUGGGCCAAUAAGCAGAAGCGGACUUGGUUAUGGAACGAACGGUCUGCUCGGCCAAUUUGGCGGAGCCCAAUUCCCCGGAGGAAGUGUAACGCAGUUUCACGACGCCUAUCUAGCGUCAGGUUCCGCGCCAGCGGGUGUACAUCUGCCGCCGUCUCCUGCUGGCAACAAGAACUCCAUUUCUACACGCUUCAGAAGUUUCAUGAACUCGUUGUUUUUCAGGCGUUCCACAGCGGCGUCGCCUGCUUUCUAUCAAGGAGGUCCUUCGCCAUACGGUAUUCCCGGUGCAACUGGAGCAUCGGCUAGUCCAUUUAGCCCCCCCAAUGGGUACCACGGAGGAUCGGCGCAUGCCCACGGCUUUUCGUCAAAGAUUUACCCCGGCAAUGCAGGAGCGUACAGCCCACAACCUUCCGGAGGAACUUACCCAGCGGCGAGUGGUCCGGUUAAGUCAAGCAUCGGAUCAUCACCAGUAACGCCAAAACUAACCAGUUACCAGACAUCAGCUAGCUCGUUGGUUUCUUCAAUACAAAAGGCCUCAAUUCUGCCUAUGCCUGCCACCUCAGUAUCCUCGAGUCCAGUCAGUGGGGCAUCGCCCGUCAGUCGACCUUCCAGCUCCGGGGGUGCUUUCUACCCCUCCGCCGCGUCUGCCCCAGGACCAUCUUUCGAUAAGACACAGUUCUCCUCUCUAUACGGCACCAACGGUUUUACCGCAAAAGCCAGCCCCAUUGGCUCGUCCCACCCAGCUAAAUCAUCGAAGUCGUUGAAAGCUUCUUCCAGCUCAACAAUGGAAACGCCCGAAAACCAGCCGUCGUCUUUUCAUUCCGUAGCCGCCCCAGGCCAGCAGCAGUAUCAAUCCCUGGGCGCAAUAAAAACUACAAUUACCCCAGUCUCGGCUCUUGAUGCCGUUAAGACUAAAAACCACCACAUAAGUGAUGCGCUGGGAGGUGCGCCGACGCAAAUUGUCACGUCUUCGAUACAAACAAGUGGGCACUCCGUCUCGCAUUCGCUUUCAUCGCAGUCGUCCUCUUCAUCGGAAUCAAGCGAGAGUACCGAACAAGCCGUUAGCAAAUAGGCAUCGCUGUAACACGGCAGUAACUAUUCUAAUAAAACAAUGCUUAUAUUUAUGAUCGGUUAUACUCGGUACGUUUAGCGAUGAACGUGUGUCGUAUGUGAUCGAUCGCUGCUAUGGAAGGUUGGGCUAAUAAGUGACUGGCAAGAGGCAUCUAUUUUGGCGUCUUUUUGUAUUCGACGAGAUACUGGCAGAUAGUUCUCGUGGACAGGAAGGAAUAUCGUGGGACUUCUUAGCCGUAAAAAAGAAAAAAUGUCAUUCGACCAUAUAUGAAUGUUUUCAAUGAUCUAUUGCUAAUACGCAUGGCAUCAAUUGGAUUAAGCUCAUUAAAAUAUAUAAUAGCGGGCUAUAGGCCACUAAAACAGCAGAAAGCUGGUGAUAUUGCUGAGCUAUGUAGUGUCGUCUAACGCAGUACAAAAUAGAAUAGACGGAUUACUCUACUAAGAAACCUGUCGGUGACUCGAACGCACAGAACCACGGCGUCAAGAAGAAACACUUCACAAUUGGUUGUGCUUAUUUACGAUGAAUUGAUUAAUCAAUAGGUAUUGCAAUAGAGCGGCAAACAUAUAUGUAGGACAAAUGUCGUGUGUGAUGAUUUCUCGAUCGAAACGUUACGUAUAACACGCUCAGGCAGAUGCUGUGUAUCUAUGAGUCGCAGAAUGUGAACUGAUCUUGGUGUUCGGCGCGAGCUUGUACCAACAAAAAGUAUUUGAGAAAUAUAGCUGGAGUAUUACAAGCAAGCUUUUGAACAAAUGCGGAUAUUAAAGGUACGCCGAUUACGGCAAAAACAAACUGCAUUGCAUAUACCUAUAUAAUACUGUAGGUGAUGAACCGAAGUGUCGGGAAAUGAGGCUCGUAUGUAAUUUUGAAGGCGAGAUCUGUAAAAUAUUUAUUGUAUAGCAAACAUUUGCACGAUUUCUUCCUUACAUAAAUGAAAACGAUCGACGACAUUAGUGCAUUACGUAUAAUUGAUAAUAAAAUGAAGAUCUACAAGUAACAAAAAAAGUACUACCAUUUUUUGUGGGGAUAUAUACGAUGGGGCAAGGUCGUCUAAGGAUGAAAAAGUCAUUUGCAGGUUGCAAAGCAUCCGUUUUGAAAUAAUACGAAAUAACCAAUUAUUGCAGUGAAAUGCGGAACCGUUCAAUAAAGGUUCUGAAAGAGCCACGUGAGACCUGU